AUGCCAGACCUUUUCACUGCUUGGCCCUGGAAGACUACAAGGAACCCACUCUAUCUCGAAGCAAAAGCCGAUUCAGACGGAUGGCUCGCAACCUUUGGAGACUUCUUCCAAAAGUAUAAAGAUUGUAUCCUCGACUGUGACGGAAAACGACUACGAUGCGCAGGGGAUGUCAAUACUCUCCUCUUCGUCGUCGACGAUAUUUUGGACUAUGAGGACGACGCCACCGUGAAGGAACGCAUGAGGAUCCUCAUGGACGCCAUGGAAAACCCAUUUAAACCUCGACCUGACGGCGAAUGGAUUGUAGGAGAGAUGACGCGCCAGUUUUGGGAGCGCACCAUCAAGGUUUCCAAUACGCUUUCACAAGAACGCUUUAUGGAGGGCGUCCGCGAUUGUAUGGCGGGUAUGGUCAGAGAGUCACUUGCCCGAAAGGCGUCGCGUCAACACGACAGUAUCCAUGGCUUUCUGAAGACCCGCAGAGACAGUGCGGGAUGCAACCUUGUCUUUGCGCUCUCGGAGCUUGAAGUCGCUGUCCCAGCCGAAGCUAUGAAGCACUCCCAGAUCCGAGAGCUCAUCGCCAUAAUUCAAGACAUUAGUUGUAUAGCCAACGACACAUUUUCCUAUCGUCGUGAGCAAUCGCGCGGGCGUACCGAGGACAACAUCAUCACUGUUGUCAUGAACAAUCUCGGAACCGACAUCCCAGGUGCAAUCGACUGGGUCGAGAACCACCACAAAGAGCUGAUGAAGGAAUUCAUCGAGAAGCACGACAAGGUACCGAAAUGGGGUGAGCCUACCGAUUCGAAGGUCAAGAAUUACAUCGAAAGCUUGGCCGGAUGGGUCUGGGCGAAUGCGAGGUGGAGCUUCGAAUGCAGGCGCUACAUGGGAGACGAGGGCAUGGAAAUCAUGGAGAAGUCUCGCUGGGUGCGGGCUAUACCCAAGGAACGGAUCUGA